CUUCGGACAACACCCACCACUCACUGUUUGCGGCCCACUCUUUGCAAUUGACUCCAUGCCCUCUAUUCGCACUGCUAGGAGCCUGUCGACUUCUCAAAUAUGCCCUAGUAGCUUCCCGAUUCCGUAAAUGGCUGUCGCUGCGGUGCAAACCGCGAUGAAUCUAGAGGACGAGAAGAGUAUACAUCCAUUCUUCUCAAAACCACCAAGGAAUCACGCCCCCGAACCAGAACCGUCCGCAAUCGAGACGCCCACCGAGCCCGCGCAAGAUGACCCAGACUACGAGCAAGCGGAGAUAGGCGUCCAAACUUCUAGAGGACGCAAGAAGCGUAGCAGGAAGCCCGGCGCAUCGAAUAAAAAUAAGGAUGGCGGUAGCGGGAGGAGUCAACCGUCGUUAGACAGCUUCACUCGCCGACCGAACGUCGACACUGUGAACGGAGGCACGACUGCCAACGCCCAGAAUGUGUCCGCAGGACUAUCUCUAGAAGUAGACCCUAAUCGAGAUCGUAGGAAACGAAGGAAGACAAGGUCUCCGAGGCCGUCGCUCGAUGAAGCCACCGACUCCGAUAUUGCCCAGGCGCCCGAGGCCAUGGAUUGGCAUCAGCAGUUACAGAUCGAGGCAGAAAAGGGCGCCAAUGAAAACGAUAGUGCCUCAGCCCUACGUGCGACGGAAGACACCAUGAAUCAGCCCAUACAUCAGGCGGAGGACUUAGCGCAUUCCAGAACACCCUCGAGAGUCAACGAGCCAGAGUCCGCGAACGCCCCAGCAUCCACCGACAGGGCAUUCAAAUCUGCCCAAAAGAACACGCCCAAAAAAUUACUGAAAGUCAACAAGAACGGGAAGCUCUUGUCGUCGCCCCCUGCUAAGCCGGAACCCGAGACGAACAGUCCAAAGAAGCGGCGGGGCAGGAAAGCUUCCAAGAACAAGGCGCCACCUACCGUCACUAUCAUCAAAUACGGAUCCGAUGAUGCGAGUCGGUUCGCAAUCGGUCGGAAGAUCGAAGACAUCCUCAGCGGGAGCAAACCAGCACUACGCCCCAUCCCUCCGAAAAAGGUGCCACCUAAGCCGGCUGAGCCUCCUAAACCAACGCAUCCCUUCUUUCUCGGAAAGCCUGCCCAGAAGCAGGUUGAAGCACGGCCCGCCAAGCCGACGUCCGAAACUCGCUCUUCCCCAUCACCAAGAGCUUUGAAGAAGAGUGCAGUGACACCGGGCAAGUUGAGAGCUGAAAGCCGUAGCUAUCAGUCACCUGUUUCCAUGCCCGUUUUUGGAGCAGUCCCAGGGAGCAAUCGGACACCAAAACAUGCCGGCAUGGGUGAAGCGCCUUGGCCUUCAAAGGAAACGGCACAUGUUCGAAAUCUGGACUCAGACUCCUCGGUUGCCUCACUAACGCCGACAUCGCAAAGGCAUUUGCUCAAGAUUCGAAAGAUGAAGAACAGGAUUCCCACUAUCCCCCAGGAUGAGGACCUAAUGUCAAGGCUAGCACAGCAGCUUCGGCCGUCUAUCCACCUAAAGAAUGUACUCGCUGAAUCCGAUUUCGAGCCACCAAAGGACGUACGCUUGCCUACUCGCUCGCUCGCUACCGGCAUCAAUAUCCAGGAACAAGUGCGUAGUCAGGUCCAGGCACAGCUACCACAUGGCAGUGAGCAAGAUAGCGGAGAAGCUGCUACGCAUCCAGCUAUUCGAGAGCUUUUCAGUGAAAUCGAACACACUCUUACCCCUUUUGAUCUUGGCAGGUGCGAAAUCCACUCUUGGGCCCAGAAGUACGCCCCGAAGUCUGCAUCUCAUGUCCUGCAAGCCGGUGAAGAGGCCAUGGUGCUUCAUGAUUGGUUAAAGAGUCUGACCGUAAUGGCUGUCGAGGGAAAGCACAAAGGAUCGAAGAGCGGCAGCGCCAUGGAAGUGAAGCGGCCGCCCAAGAAGAAACGAAAGAAGGAUGAAGACGACUUUAUUGUCGAUAGCGAUGAGGAUGUGGACGAAGAUAUGAUCGAGCUCUCGGACCUGGGGGGCUGCGAGAACAUUAUCCAGUGCUCAGCAAGCAUGAGGUCUCUAAGAAGACCGCAGUGGUCGCGGAACAAGAACGUCGUACUCAUUAGUGGACCUCACGGUUGCGGCAAAAGUGCUACGGUAUACGCUGUAGCAAAGGAGCUCGGAUUUGAAGUGUUCGAGAUUAAUUCAGGCAGUCGUCGCUCUGGCAGGGACAUCCAGGACAAGGUCGGCGAUAUGACUGCGAAUCAUCUGGUCAACCAUAGACGAGAUGAGACGACAGCCACGCAAGAUGCCGCACAGACAGAUGAUACGGACAAUGAGCGUAUGAGUAAUGCCCUUCGGAGAGACCUCGAGAGUGGACGGCAAGGCACGAUGACCUCGUUCUUCAAGACAAAUGGAACAGCGAAUUCGAAGCCCAAAGCAAAGGCUAAAGCGCAAGAACCCAAGAAAGCAAUCACGUCUGCUCAAGCAGCUUUGUCGAUUGCACAACCUCAGCGAAAAUCCCAGAAACAGUCGCUAAUACUAUUCGAGGAGGCCGACAUUCUUUUCGAAGAGGAUCAACAAUUUUGGGCCCAGGUCACUAAGCUAGCAGCUCAGUCUAAACGCCCUAUAGUCAUUACCUGCAACAACGAAACCCUAAUCCCAGUUAACGAGUUGCCACUUGGCGCCAUUUUUCGGUUAUCCCCCCCUCCCCUCGACCUUGCCACCGACUACAUGCUUGUCCUAGCAGGUCGUGAGGGCCAUGUCCUAAGACGAGAUGCCGUCAGCAACCUCUACAUGUCGAAGGACCACGAUCUUCGGGCUAGCAUCACUGAGCUAAACCUGUGGUGCCAAAUGGCCGUUGGCGACAGAAAAGGGGGUCUAGAGUGGAUAUAUCAGAGGUGGCCUCCGGGUAAAGAUGUCGACGAGCACGGUCGACUUCUCCGCAUCGCCAGUCGAGGAACGUAUCAACCGGGUAUGGGUUGGCUGUCUCACAACACGUUCUCUGCUUCUGGAAAUGCGUGCUUCGACAAGGAGCAAGAGUUACUGAAGGAGACGUGGGUGGACUGGGGAAUCGAUCCGUGCGAAUGGAACGAUCAUCGAGAGAGAACCCAAAGCCCAAUGGAUGUGUCCCAAGACGUGCACAGCAGCUCGCUGGAGGAUCUCGAGCGACUCGAAGCCGUCUCAGAUUCCAUCAGCGCCGCGGACAUUUACUGCCGUGUCGAUAUGCCAUUCUACGAGCGCUACUACGAGCCUACGGAUCCAUGUUUACCAUCCAUGCCCGACAAAGAACGACUCAACUACACGCUCGCUGCUCCAGUUAUCCAGACAGACCACUUCUUGGACUUCACCGACUUCGACAGAAACAUCUUCAUCCAGAGCCACCUGCUCAUACAACGGACCUACGGUGGCCGCGAAGCUUCAGUAACGGAAUCCAAACGUAACAUACCUGCGACUGAGGAAGGCUUCACCCGAGCUAUACUACAACACAAGGAGGCACAGCAGCGGAAGCAUUCCCUCUCCCGGCCAAAUUUCUCAGAAGCUUUCGACCCCUUGGCCUACCUGCCUGAUACUGUUCCAGCGAUGAACUCGUCUUACAAUCUCACGGCAUCUUCCUUUGACCGCACAUUCAGGAUCGUGGUUGAAGAUUUAGGGCCCUAUGUCCGGAGCAUCGUUGCACAUGAACUGGUUCUCGAGGCCCAGAGGAUCCGCCUAGGCAACCUACUGUCCGAAGGUGGGCGGGGUAAGCGCCAAAGGACAACUAGAGCUGCCAGGGUAGCGCUGGAAGGGGGCAAGAGAGAAACCAAGAGAAGGGAGCGGUGGUUUGGCAAGCAUUUGAAUCGGACAUUGGUUAUGGCUACUGCGGGAAGGAAUUGGACGGGCAUGGGUUCUGGGGCGGAGGAAGCAGAGAUGUCGUCCCGGACAGGCGAGAGUCUUUCUGGUGCUCAGGAGGAAUAGAGGGAAGCAUUUGGUGGAUCGGCGUACGGAUUGGAGGAUAUCAUGAAUGAGUAGGAUAGCAUUGCAUGGAAACACGGGCAUGGGUCAGGAUAUAGCAGCAUCUUUGGUCGCAUUCUUCAUUAUGGGUAUC